AUGAUAGCAGAACCUGCUUUUCUCUCUGAGUAUACUAUCUUUGCUUUGGAUCCUACCAAACAGCCUAAGCCACAGAGUGACAGUGUGCUGAGUGACACUCCAUCUUUCACCCAGAGGCUUCAGCUCCGAGUUCCCUCUAUGGAGUCUUUGUUUCGAAGCCCAGUAAAAGAGUCCCUGUUCCGCUCUUCUUCUAAGGAGUCCCUGGUACGAACUUCUUCAAAAGACUCACUGAAUCGACUGGACUUGGAUGCAGCCGGUCCCGCAUUUGAUCCACCUUCCGACAUUGAAAGUGAAACAGAAGAGCCUCCGGGAAAUACGGACAGCCUCAGCAAAGAGCAGUUGUUGCAGCGACUGCGCAGAAUGGAACGCAGUUUGGGCAACUAUAGGGGAAAAUACUCUGAGCUAGUGUCUGCUUAUCAAGUUAUUCAGCGGGAGAAGAAGAAGCUACAGGGCAUUCUGAGUCAAAGUCAGGAUAAAGCACUUCGCAGAAUUGGGGAACUGAGAGAGGAGCUCCAGAUGGAUCAACAAGCUAAGAAACAUCUCCAAGAGGAAUUUGAUGCUUCCUUAGAAGAAAAGGAUCAACUUAUUAGUGUCCUGCAAACUCAGGUAUCGUUGCUGAAACAGAGGUUACAGAAUUGUCAGAUAGGCACUGAAUUGCCUAAUCCAAAUAUCCAAUCUGAACCACAAGUUCAAAGUCCAACAAAAGAAAUCAGUACAGAAAAUACUGUGGAACCAGGAAGCAAUGGAAAUUCUGUUAAAACACUGGAAACUCUUACUCAGAGGGUGAAGCGUCAAGAGAACUUGCUGCAACGUUGUAAGGAGAUGCUUCGGUCACAUAAGGAGCGAUGUGCCCAGUUAACCAACGAGAAAGAGGCACUGCAGGAACAGUUAGAAGAGAGGCUUCAGGAACUGGAGAAAAUGAAGGACCUUCACAUGGUUGAGAAAACUAAACUGAUUACGCAGCUGCGUGAUGCGAAGAAUUUGAUUGAGCAGCUAGAACAAGACAAG